UGUUGUUGAGCAUGUUUCCCAAGCAGGAGCCCUUGCCCACAAGGCACACAGGUUUUGCACUUGGAAGACAGCUGCUUUCUCCAUCCUCUCUGGCAUUGCCUGUUUGAUACAGCCUGGGGCUGCUGCUUUUUGUGCUUUGCAGUGCUGGCCACUUGUGACAUCGGGAGUGGCUCAUUCCCCUGGGCUCCUCUCAGUCCCAUUGAGUUUAAAUUCAUCAGAGAAAUACUGAUGAUGUACCAUAUCCUGUUGUGCUUUGAAAGAUCCUAAUGGAGUUGUGGCAGCUCACCAGAAGGAUGAGCUGUUUCUCUUGACCUGUGAUCUGAAACAGCACAGUCCAAAUCCAACAGAUACCAAUCAAGGGGAAUUUUAUCCAUGAGUUGCUUUUCCGAAGUGUCAGCGAAUCCAAGGCUGGAGCCUGAGCACAGGCAUUUGGGACAGAUGUUUCAGGUUAAUAGAGAAGAGAUUGAAGAACUUAUUUUGCAAGAAAAUAACCGGGAAUAUGAAGAAGGAUACAGGCAAACCAGUGAGCAAUUCAGCAAUUCCGAGCAUCCUGGCGCUUCCAAGCCUCCCUUAAGCUCCUCCAGCAUGACCUCACGAAUCCUGCUCCGACAGCAGCUCAUGCGUGAGCAGAUGCAGGAGCAGGAGCGUCGGGAGCAGCAGCAGAAGCAGCAGGCAGCCCAGUUCAUGCAGCAGCGAGUGCCCGUGAGCCAGACACCUGCCAUCAACGUCAGCGUCCCCACCAGCCUGCCCCCCGCCACCCAGGUGCCCAUGGAGGUCCUCAAGGUGCAGACUCACCUUGAGAAUCCAACCAAGUACCACAUCCAGCAGGCCCAGCGGCAGCAGGUAAAGCAGUACCUCUCUACCACUCUAGCAAAUAAACAUGCCAACCAAGCCCUGAGCUUGCCAUGUCCAAACCAGCCUGGGGAUCAUGUCAUGCCACCUGGAACGGGGAGCAGCGCGCCCAACAGCCCCAUGGCUAUGCUCACCCUCAACUCCAACUGUGAGAAAGAGGGAUUUUAUAAAUUUGAAGAGCAAAGCAGGGUUGAGAGUGAGUGCCCGGCUCUGAAUACACACUCACGAGCAUCAUGCAUGCAGAUGGAUGAUGUUAUCGAUGACAUCAUUAGUCUGGAGUCCAGUUAUAAUGAAGAAAUCCUCGGCUUGGUGGACCCAGCCCUGCAAAUGGCAAACACGUUGCCCGUGUCUGGCAAUUUGAUUGACCUUUAUGGCAACCAAAGCAUGCCUCCUCCAGGACUAAACAUCAGCAACUCAUGUCCAGCUAAUCUUCCUAAUAUAAAAAGGGAGCUCACAGAGUCGGAAGCGAGAGCGUUGGCUAAGGAGAGGCAGAAGAAAGACAAUCACAACUUGAUUGAACGAAGAAGAAGAUUUAAUAUUAAUGAUCGUAUAAAAGAGCUGGGCACCUUGAUACCCAAAUCAAACGACCCUGACAUGCGCUGGAACAAGGGAACGAUUCUGAAGGCGUCGGUGGAUUACAUCCGCAAGCUGCAGAGGGAACAGCAGCGCACCAAGGAGCUGGAGAACAGGCAGAAGAAACUGGAACAUGCCAACAGGCACCUGCUGCUCAGAAUACAGGAACUUGAGAUGCAAGCCCGGGCACACGGACUGUCCCUUGUCCCAUCUACAGGCCUUUGCUCCCCUGACAUGGUCAACAGGGUCAUCAAGCAGGAGCCUGUGCUGGACAACUGCACCCAGGACAUGAUGCCGCACCACGCAGACCUGUCCUGCACCACCACCCUGGACCUCACUGACGGCACCAUCACCUUCAGCGACAACCUGGGGAACGUGACUGAACCAGCUGGCACUUACGGUGUCCCUGCCAAAAUGGGAUCCAAACUGGAAGAUAUCCUGAUGGACGAUACCCUCUCCCCCGUGGGAGUGACUGACCCGCUCCUCUCCUCCGUGUCUCCUGGGGCAUCAAAGACGAGUAGCAGGCGGAGCAGCGUGAGCAUGGAGGACACUGACCAUGCUUGUUAGCAUCUGUUGGCACACCUUUCAUAAACUGCUUUGGUUCUUGAUCAGUAGAUGAAAUCAUUUACCUUUUGUAGAGUUUUUUGAUUUUUUUUUUCCCCCCCCUUCCCUUGUGCUUCAUCGGUGUGUGUGCGUGUGUGUAUAUAUUAUAUAUAUAGGAUUUUUUUUUUUAGAAUUUUUGUGAAGAAACUUGUAUAUUCUAUUUUAAAACUACCAACGCCUCCAAAAUAUUGUACAGCAUAUGUACAGAAUCUGUGAACUGGAUUCGCCAAGAACUUUGAACUGGUCAAAUCUACUCAAAGCAAUAGAAUUACAGAUGAAGAGUCUGUUUCUACUGGGGGGGAGGGGGCAAUUGUAGGAUUGUAAAUGCAACCUAUUUACUUGGAAACAAAAUGUAAAGUUUAAGAAUGUAAAGAAACAACAACAAAAAAGUCCAAUUUGUAAUUGUAUUAAUUGAAUAGUGCUGCCUUAAAGAUACAGUGUCCCUCAGAUGUUGGUGUUACAUGACAAGUGUUUAGGAAAAAUACCCACCCGACUUCACUCAGAAAACAAACUAAACCCAAGUGUUAAGACAUCCUGAUUGUGUUGAUUGUGAUAUAAAAUGCUGUUGCUGAAAACUGCAGGGAGAUGUGAGUGUCUCAGAGUGUUGUUUAAUUUUCCUCUGAGCUGAUUUGGUUUUUCCUUUUGAUCACGGUUCAGGUUUUUCCUCUUAAAUUUUUAUUUUGUUUUGUGACACACAUGGAUGGCUUUGCCAGUGGUAAACCAAGCAGGAGCACUGUAAGUUGGGAUACACUCUUUGGACAAAAAAAAAAAAAAAAUUAUGCAUAUUAUCAGCUGGGCACAUUAUGUUGUACAUAUCUAAUUGGCUUUAUUUUUAAUUGCAUUGUACAGUUUCUUUUGAUUUGCAUGGAUUCCUUAGUUAUCCUCAAUUUUUUUGUUUUAAAUUUAUUUGUAUUUCAUUUGUAAGAUUUUUGCCUCUUAAUAUUGCAGCGAUUUUUUGACAUUUUUAAAACUCAUUGGAAGUUUUCUGCGUUCUUUGUAAACACUUGAAAGGAAGCUUUUAUGCAGGGUUCUGUGUUUUAAGAGAGAUUUUGAGAAUAUUUUGUAUAUUACAGUCUCACUUUGAAAAUGUUUUUAAACGCAUUUAAGGUAGAGUAAAAAUCUAGAUUAGGUAAUAAAACAACUCUGUAGAGAAACUGAACUUACAUAUUUAUUUUUAGUGAUACAGAAAAAAAGUAGUAAUAUGCUUGGAAACAUAACUAUGUAGUUAAUAUACCCGUUAGAGCAAUUCAUGUUCUAUUUCAGCACUGGGGCUGACAUAAGAGAUAAAAAAAAAAAGAAAAAAAACAAACAAAAAAAAGGAGUAAAUUACUGUAUCUGCAAAUAACUGUUACUUGAUAACAAUGUUAUUAAUUUUUAACAUGCAACCAUGUUGUAAAAGUAGUUUCGGUGCAUUAUCUACUCAAGUGUAGUCCUAUGCAAUAACGGUAGUUUUCCUUGUAUUAUAUCCAGCCUAGGUGUUCCACGGAGGUGACAGGUGAUGUUCCGAGCUAGACGGAGGGAAUGGAAUUCUCCACGGCAGCCUACAGCUGACUGGCAGGCGUAGCUCGUUCAGAAUGAAGUGCCUUAAACUCUAGUUGUAGUCUUCCUCGACUAGCACUGACUGAAGUGUGGCGUAGACAGAGCUUUAGGGUGGUGGUGUGUAGGGCCUUGAGGUGUAGCAUGGUGCCUACGGAUAGAAAACCAGAGCUUCCCUUUCUCCUUUGUGCUACACUGGAAAUUACAUAGGAUGAGUGCAACGGUGAGUAACUUGAGUGCCAGUUUGGCCAGCUUUCCAUGGAAACCUUGGGCUCGGCAGGUAGUGUUCAGAAACCAAAUGUGAACUGGGUUGGCCGGGGAUGGUGAUGGGAGUUCCCACGGCGCAGCUCGCUGAGCCCUCUCCCAGACAUUUCCCCAGGGGAGGGCUCCUGGUGUCCCCUGCCUGUCACCGCUGCUGUGGCAUGGGGGACAAGGGCUCCUGGUGUCCCCUGCCUGUCACCGCUGCUGUGGAGUGGGGGACAAGGGCUCCUGGUGUCCCCUGCUUGCCACCGCUGCUGUGGUGUGGGGGACAAGGGUUCCUGGUGUCCCCUGCUUGCCACCGCUGCUGUGGUGUGGGGGACAAGGGCUCCUGGUGUCCCCUGCUUGCCACCGCUGCUGUGGUGUGGGGGACAAGGGCUCCUGGUGUCCCCUGCCUGUCACCGCUGCUGUGGCAUGGGGGACAAGGGUUCCUGGUGUCCCCUGCUUGCCACCGCUGCUGUGGAGUGGGGGACAAGGGCUCCUGGUGUCCCCUGCCUGUCACCGCUGCUGUGGCGUGGGGGACAAGGGCUCCUGGUGUCCCCUGCCUGUCACCGCUGCUGUGGAGUGAGGGACAAGGGUUCCUGGUGUCCCCUGCUUGCCACCGCUGCUGUGGAGUGGGGGACAAGGGCUCCUGGUGUCCCCUGCUUGUCACCGCUGCUGUGGCAUGGGGGACAAGGGCUCCUGGUGUCCCCUGCUUGUCACCGCUGCUGUGGCAUGGGGGACAAGGGCUCCUGGUGUCCCCUGCUUGUCACCGCUGCUGUGGAGUGGGGGACAAGGGCUCCUGGUGUCCCCUGCUUGUCACUUGUGCUGCCAGCACAGGGGGCUCAGGCUCAGUGGGGCUGUGGAUCUCUGGGUCUGUGUUCCUGUCACUUUUCCCAUGGCCGUGUCCAGCCCCCCCUUCCCGCUUCAGCCGCCAGCAAUGCGUUAGCGUUGAUGCAACCACAGGAUUGUGGCUUUUUUUUUCCCCUUUUCUUUUAUAGUUUUUGAAGGAGGAGCAGGAGUUGGGUUGUGAUGAUGCCUCUCCCCCUCACCCCAGACAGGUUUUUGGGAAUAUGUCUUUCCUAGGGUAGAAAAGCUCUGGCCCAGGCAGGAGCCAGGAGGCUGCUGUGGUCACCAUGGUCCUGGGGCAGGAAAUGCUCCCAGUGCCUGCAAGGCAGUUCUGAGUCAAGUAUGGGGUACAGGCUUCUGGUGCUGCUGUUUGGAUGGGGUGACAGGUAGGAAAAUCAGGGCUGUGGAAAAUGCUUGUAGCUGUAGCUCAGGGCUGUGUUGCCCUUCCCCAGAAGAUGGGGCAGCUCUGCAGUGUUGGUACAACAAAUCGGGGUGUGCGUGCUGGAGUGUAGUAACUGAGAACCACUGAAUGUAUUGAAUGAGGCUUUUGGUUUGGUGCCUGCCCCGGGCAUUCAGAAAUUCAAAUCUAGACUGUGGUAUACGAAUAUUGUUGAAGCUUAUGUGAAACCACUGGUACUCGCUGACAGCCAUGACUUCUGAUUUUGGGCUACAUGCUGUGUGGAGGCGAGUUAGGAUUCAAGGCCAACCAUUCCAUCAGGAGCUGGAUUCCUUGGCAGAAGUCUCCGUGGUCUCAGCAGCUGUGGCUGUGCUGUGUGCUCCUGUAGCUUGUGUUUUCUGGGGUAACACAUAACUUGGCCGUGCCCUGCUGGCUCUUCCCCCCGUGUUUCCUUAGGUUACAGCCCUGCUCUGAGCCUGCCCGCCCUUGGAACGGUGACACUGCAGCGGGGACACCUCUGGGAGACACAGACCCCCAGUGGGUGCUGGUGGGAGAUGCCUUUGCCCGUUCGAGCGUGGUGGAGGGCGUGGCUGUGGCGUUUCGCAGGGCUUGGUGGCAGAGGACAGAGGCAGCAGUCACAGGCAGGGUUUGGCACGGGCUAAGGUGGAGUGAGAUGGACAGAAGUUGUUGCCUGCUCUGGUGACAGCGGCACGUGUGACGCUGGGCAGCGGUGGCUUCCCUGAGCGGGUGGAUGGGGAACCGACCAAUUCUCACUUUGCCAAAGCCGUGCGGCAGGCGGGGACGUGCAGAGUACCGUGAAGUUCUUCCUUACUGCUUUUGGCCUGUAAAGCAAUAUUUAACUCUUACAACCUGUAAAAGCAAAAAGAAGGUACAUAAGGAAAGCACAAAGCACAAAAUAAUGCACUUACAUUUAUGUUGUUUGACAUAAAAUGCACUGGGGGGGAAGCUGAUGUUGAUAAUAGUAUAAAUACCUAUAUUUCUUGAAAAAGUGACAUUAAUUACUGCCUCUUGCUAUGAUGCUUGGUACUGUAAUGUUGAUAUUCAUCUGCUGUUGACUGCAGCAAUAAUUUGUGUAUGGUCCAUAGCACUGUAAAUUAUGGAUCAAUAUUAAUGUAUCCAAUGAAAUAAUUUGAACUGUUGUUCUUGAUAGAUGGAUUAAAGCAUUUGGUUUUUCACAUA